AGCCCUUUCACCAAGAUGGCGCCGAAAGCUAAGAAGGAAGCUCCUGCCCCUCCUAAAGCUGAAGCCAAAGCAAAACCUUUGAAAGCCAAGAAAGCAGUGUUGACGGGUGUCCACAGUCAUAAAAAGAAGAUCCGCACGUCACUUGCCUUCCGGCGACCCAAGACAUUGCGGCUCCGGAGGCAGCCCAAAUAUCCUCGGAAGAGCGCCCCCAGGAGAAACAAGCUUGACCACUAUGCCAUCAUCAAAUUCCCUCUGACCACCAAGUCAGCCAUGAAGAAGACUGAAGACAACAACACACUUGUGUUUAUUGUGGAUGUCAAGGCAAACAAACACCAGAUCAAACAUGCUAUAAAGAAGCUCUAUGAC